AUGCACCUUCGGCGGCUUCUUCCCCACUUCCUUCGGCCUCGAAGCAUCAUGGACAUUCUGGGCAAAGGUCAAGAAGGCUCGGUCCCCUGCCCGGUCAUCGCCAGCAACCCCAGUUUCAUCUGCGUCACGGCCAAGUCCCCCCAAACAACUGCCAAGUUUGUGCUCCCCGAGACCUGCACGAUCCUGCAGUUCAAGGAAGAGAUCGCCAAGCGCUUUGGCUGUGAGCCCAGCCAGCUGGUGCUGGUGUUCUUUGGGAGGCUCCUGAAGGACCAAGCCACCCUCUGGCAGUGCGGGAUCAACGACGGGAUGACCGUCCACAUGGUGAUCCGGGCCCAGCAGAGAGACCCGGAAGAUCCGCCUCAGCUGCUGCCGUAUGCCCCCAGGAACCCCGGAUGUGCCCAGGCGCCCUCCCACAGCACCCUCCGUUCCGCCCCAUUCGGCCCGAGCGGCCAGGGCUCCUGGGGGCCUCCAGAGGCAACCCUGGCCCACUUGGAGUGGCCGCCGGUGCCCACGUCAGAGAUGAUCGUCCAGAAGGUGCGGCAGGUGAUCCUGGCCAACCCGGAGAUCCAGCAACUGGCCCAGCAGGUCCCGUCCAUCAGCCACAUUCUCAACAACGCCGACAUCAUGCGGGUCAUCUUGGACAAGAUGCGGGAGAUCAUGGACCUGGCCCGGAGCCCUGAGAUGAUGCCGGACCUGAAGGGUGCGGACCAAGCCCUGGUCAGCCUCCAGAGCAACAUCCCCGGCGGGGACAACCCCUUGAGGCAGCUGAAUGGGGAGGUGCAGGAGCCCGGGCUGAACGUGGGGCAGGACGGGCCCAAUCCUUACGCCACCUUGGGGAGAAGCCCUUGCCAGUACCCGGAGCAGGGCACCCUCAGGGGCCAGGUCCCCCGCCCGGAUAGCCAGGACUGCGUGGCCCCCCAGCCUCUGGCCUCUCAGAGCACCACCAGCUUUUGGGGCGACGAGGGCGGCAUCUCCAACCGCUGGGUGGGUGUCCCUCUGGGGCCCAGCCCCUCCGCGGCCAGCCUGACGCACUGCUCAGGAGCUGAGCCAUUCGGAACGGGGGGUAUCCGGAACCCAGACCCCGCCGAGAUCCCCCUGAUGAUCGUGAACCUUUGCAACGCCUACACCAAGCGCGUGAUGAUCUCCCUCAUGCAGAACGCGCUGCUGGCCUCCCAGAACGGGCAGGUGGGGCAGCAGGAGCAGAUCAAGGACCAGGUGAGCAACCUCUCCCAGCAGAUGCAGAGCCCAGAGAUGACGGCGGCCAUGUCCAACCCCACGGCCAUCCAGGCCUGGGUGCAGAUGGAGCAGGGACUGCAGACCCUCCUGGCCGAAGCCCCCGUGCUCGUCCCCUGGUUCAUGCUGCGGCUGCGAGGCCUGGAGAACACGGCCGGAGGGGGCCAGGGGGCCGGGGCCCCUUCCUGCCAAGGCCCGGUCAUUGCUGAAAACCAAACCUGGCCGAGGAACGGAGUCUCUGACGCGGACGGGAGAGCCUUCUGCAGCGGAACUGUUGGGAAAGAACGGAGGCCACCCCCCAGCGGCGGGGGUGAAGCCGAGCCUCGGCCAUGGCGGCCGCAGCUCUAUGAUUCUAUGAUCUUGGGAACCAAGCAAGGCUGGUACUUGGAAGGAGGACCCCCAAGGGAGACUCUGCAGAGGAAGGCCACAGCAAACCGCCUCUACUUCUCCUUUGCUUUGGAAGCCCCUUGCUGGGAUCACCGCUCCGCCCCCACACCCCCAGCUGUUCCUGGAGCUGCAACCUCAGCAUUAGUUCUGCCCCCUCCUGCUGCUGCAAGGCCCUUUGGGACUCCCGUGGGCUCCUGGCACGGGGCUGCUGUCGUGUCGGAAUAUUUCCGGCAUGUCCCAGAGACAUCCUCGCCCUCCGCCUUCUUGCCCCCUUGUGCCCCUGUGCUUUUCCCGGCCUGGGUUGACCGCUGGUCCCGGGCAGCCAUGGCGGAGAAAAAGAAGCCCCCGAAACGGAAAGCUGCCAACCUCCACGUCAUCAAAGUGACGGUCAAGACCCUGAAGCGCAAGGAGCAGUUUGACGUCUCCGAGGAGACCCUGGUGCAGGACUUCAAGAGGCAGCUCUCCGAGCGCUUCAACACCCCCCCGGAGCAGCUGUCCCUGAUCUUCGCGGGCGAGAUCCUCCAGGACCAGAACACGCUGGUGCAGCACAAGGUGGGCGACGGGUCCAAAGUCCACCUCUUCAUCAAGUCCCAGAGGAGGCCCCCGGGGACCUCGGAGCCGCCAAGGAGCGACGCCCCACCCGGCCUGACCUUCUUGCCGGCGGCGCUCCCCAACGUGAUCAUCUCCAGGGACCUCCCAGAGCAGAGUCUGGACCUGUCGGAAUGGAACGGCCAGCCGGAAGAACUGGUGGCCUCCUGCCACGAGCUGGUGGCCCAGACCAUGGAGACCCUCUUCCUCCCCAUGUCCACGCUGAGCCUGGACGCCUCCGCCUUGAACAACAACCCCCUUCUCUUGGGCUUCCUCAUCGGGGUCACCAGCAUGAACGUCCUGGACUUGAACGCCACGGACAUGUUUGACUUUGUGAACGAGGCCCAGGAGCAGGAUGUGACCUGGCAGGAGCUCAUCAGGGAGGUGAUGCAGAACCUCUUGGGGGACACCGAGCAGGUCCGGCAGAUGAUCCUGUCCAUCCCCCAGAUGCAGCAGCUGGCUGAGCAGAACCCCGAGAUCGUCCACAUCCUCAGCAACGUGGACUUCCUGCAGGAAAUGACCGAUGGAGCCACCAGCCCGGCGGUGAUGGACGAGAUCAUCCGGAACCACGACCGGGCCCUCAGCAACCUCGAAAGCAUCCCGGGCGGGUACAGCGCGUUGCAGCAGCUGUACCAGGACAUCGAAGACCCCAUCCUCAAUGCCGUGCAGGCCCAGUUCCAGGGCGGCCCCCCAGAGAACAAGCCCCCCUCCGGGCCGGUCAGUCCCCAGGCCAGGACAGAGAACAGAGAGCCUCUGCCCAACCCUUGGGCUCCCCAGACCAACAGCAGCGGCGACAACCUCUGUAACGGCUCCAGCAACAGGCUGGGGCCAAGCUACAACCUGAGACCCAGAGUCAGCAAGCCCGAGACCCUCCAGAACGUGGACUCUCUCCCGGGCAGCGACCUCCCUCCUCCUCAAGGCCGGGUCCAGCAGCCCCCGCCCAAGCUGGCCAAGAUCGAGGCUGCCGCUCUUCUGAGCAACCCCCGAGCGCUGCAGGCCCUCCUCCAGAUGCAGAUGGGCCUCCUGGCCCUCGCACGGGAAGUGCCCGACUUCCUCCAGGCCUUGUCGGACCCGGACGUGGAUCCUGAAAGCAUGGAGGACUCGGAGGGAGGAGAAGAGAGCCUUUCCUCCGACGACAGCAGCUCCAGCUCAGAAGACGACGACGACAACGACGAGGAGGGCCAGGAGUUGGGCAGCGACAGGUCCAAAGCAGACAAAGAAGAGGAGCCCAUGGAGUAG